CGAGUCUGACAACUGACCGCGAACAUGUCGGCCCCUUGUCUUCUCCUGGUCGUGCUCGUCGCAGCCAUCGCCGUCGAUUCUUAUCCAGUUGUAUACGGAGGAAAAUCGUACGGAUAUGGUGGCUAUGGAAGCUGGCCCUGGUAUGGCUGGUAUAGCGGGUACGGUGGGGACGGCGGGUACGGUGGAAAAGGCGGAUACGGUGGAUACGGUGGAUAUGGAAAGGGUGGAUACGGUGGAUACGGAAAGGGUGGAUACGGUGGAUACGGAUACGGUGGAUACGGUGGAUACGGAAAAGGUGGAUACGGUGGAUACGGAAAGGGUGGAUACGGUGGAUACGGUGGAUACGGAGGCUAUGGAGGCGGGUACGGUGGCGGCUACGGUGACGGCUACGGUGGCUGGUAUGGACACGGUGGACACGGUGGAUACGGUGGAUACGGACACGGUGGCUAUGGAGGGUCAUAUGGAUCCGAUCACUACGAUAGCUCCGAUUAUUAAUCGGCGUCUGGAUAUGAUAACGGCGGUGGCCAUG